UAGCAGAAAAACUCACUUACAAAUAUCAAGCAAUAGCCAAUAAGGGGUAAUAAAAUCCCCUUUUUUCUGCGUAAGAACCUGUUUCUUGCAAACUUCUUUUAUUUGUAUUGAAUGUUUGUCUUUGUUUGUGCUAAUGACCCCACAACUCAUCAUUUAUCAACAUUUCCCAAACUUCUCUUCUCUCUUUCUCUCUCAGCCCCACAUUUCUGUGCCCAACACAAAAAGUUUCUGUAUGAACACCUUCCCAUUUAAUUUUAAUCAAGUUUCCAAUUUUUUUUUUUUUGUCAAGUUCUGCACUAAAGUACAAGUUUCUUUAUUGAUUUAAAAAAUUGGGUUGGAUUGUCUCUUCUUCUUCUUCAACUUCCUUGAAUUUUACUAAUCUGGGGGUCAUUUUCUUGAGUUUUGUAUUAUUUUGCUUCCAAAGAUAUAAUUUUUUUGUACUAAAAAACAGAGAUGAGUGGAAACCCAUGUCCAAGAUUCUUUAACUCAAUGACCCAUUUCAAUUUUUUCAAGAAAUUCAAGCGUUUGAAGCCUCAUGAGCCAUCAGUGGCAGUUGUUAGCUUCUUGUUUUUAAGUUUUUGCUUAUGCUUGUUUUUCUUCUUGUUGGAUUAUAGAACAGUGGACAACAACACUGGUUCUCACUUGCGUGGGCCUUCUUUUUUUGUUACCUGGUUUGGUCUUAAUGACUCUUCUUUAGUAAAAAAUACAAGUAGCAGAUCAAAUAAUGAAAAAGUGGGGUUUCUUGAAAAUGAUUGUGAUAUAUUUGAUGGUAAUUGGUUGUGGGAUGAGAGUUAUCCACUUUAUCAAUCAAAAGAUUGUAUGUUCUUGGAUGAAGGAUUUCGUUGUUCUGAGAAUGGUAGGCCUGAUAAUUUCUACACCAAAUGGCGUUGGCAGCCUAAAGAUUGCAACUUGCCCAGAUUUGAUGCAAAACAUAUGCUAGAAAAGCUGAGGAACCAGCGUGUAGUGUUUGUUGGUGAUUCAAUAGGGAGAAACCAGUGGGAGUCUCUUCUCUGCUUGUUGUCUUCUGCAGUUUCUGAUAAAAGCUCUAUAUAUGAAGUUAAUGGUAGUCCAAUCACAAAGCACACUGGUUCUUUAAUUUUUAAGUUCAAGGAUUACAACUGCACCGUUGAGUACUACCGAGCACCAUUCUUAGUGCUGCAGAGUCGUCCGCCUGCUCGGGCUCCUGGAAAUGUUAAAAUGACCUUGAAGUUGGAUCAGAUGGAUUGGAGUUCUGCUAAGUGGAAAGGUGCAGAUUUAUUGGUUUUCAACAGUGGUCACUGGUGGAAUAAUGAGAAAACCAUUAGAGGGGGAUGCUACUUCCAAGAAGGCGGAAAGAUCAACAUGACGAUGGAUGUGGAGACAGCAUUUCAGAAGUCAAUUGUAACAUUGGUUGAUUGGAUAGGUCGUGAAGUGAACAUGUUCAAGACUAAAAUCUUCUUUCGUACUUAUUCUCCUGUACACUUCAGAGGUGGAGAUUGGAAGACCGGCGGUAGCUGUCACCUGGAAACAUUACCUGACUUAGGAUCACCCGAAGAAUCAUUAAGGAACUCAUUUGAAUAUAUGACGGUCAUUCAUGUCCUAUCUCAGCUCUCUAACAAAUCAAAGGCUUGGAAUAUGAGUUUACUGAAUGUAACAGGACUGACAUCUAGGAGAAAAGAUGGCCACUUGUCUUUGUAUUAUUUAGGCCCUAAGGUGGGACCAGUUUCUCCCCACAAGCAAGACUGCAGCCACUGGUGUCUCCCCGGUGUUCCUGAUUCAUGGAACGAGCUUCUGUAUGCAAUCCUCCUCAAACAGGAGUUAGCUCAGGGAAAAAUCUCCGAAUCCACUUCUCAAUCCUCGGAAUGACAGCAGAGAGGUCAUCUCAACUAUGUCAACAUGUUUCCUCCAGCAUAGCAGCUUAUCAUAACCAUUCGAAGUUCUACCUUGGAGAGUUUCAAUGAAUGUGCCCUUCUUCGAGAUCAAUUUGAAAGUACAAAAAGGACAUCCUCACAUUUAGCUGAUGAGAUACUUCCUAGAUUUCAGUUUCAGGUGCAUUUAUCAUAAAGUCGAUCAGCACUCAGGUGUGAAAUUUAGGUCUUCAGUUCACGAUUAUGUAAGUGUAAAGAGCAUCGUGAACUUUAUAGAUAUAGAGACAUUAUCCAGUAUGACAAAUUCAGUGUGUAAAUACUGAUCCUUAUAGAUAGUACAGAACAAUAACUAUGCCUUUAUCCCAAUCAAGUUGGAGUCGGCUCUAUGAAGGAUGAGGAAAAAUAUUGCGACGAUGCUAGCCAUUUCUUCACCAUGUAAAAUGUUUAUUCCAAUUGCAAUGAUAAUUGUAUAGCCAAAAGUGGAACAGGUGUUAAGAGUUGGUUUUUCAAUUGGUUAAAUAUUCAUGAACAAAGAAAAUA